AUGAAGGCAACAUCAAAUGGAGCAUUCCAAGGUGAAAAUCCAUUGGAUUAUGCACUUCCACUAGCAAUCCUACAGAUAUGUGUAGUUGUUGCUUUCACAAGAUCGCUUGCUUUCAUUCUAAAGCCCCUCAGACAACCAAGAGUCAUCGCAGAGAUUAUUGGAGGCAUACUACUGGGGCCAUCUGCAUUUGGACGAAAUGAAAAAUUCCUAAACACCAUUUUCCCGGCUAGAAGCCUAACUGUUCUAGACACCCUUGCCAACUUUGGCCUUCUAUUCUUCUUGUUUCUAGUAGGACUUGAGUUGGACAUGCGUGCCAUUCGUCGAACGGGCGGCAAGGCCCUUGGCAUCGCCCUUGUUGGAAUCAGCUUCCCUUUUAUUCUUGGCAUUGGUACAUCACUUGUUCUAAGUGCCACCAUAUCAAAAGGAGUUAAUCACGUACCUUUCCUUGUCUUCAUGGGUGUAUCCCUUUCCAUCACAGCAUUCCCGGUCCUCGCUCGCAUUCUAGCAGAGCUCAAGCUUCUCACCACUGAUGUAGGUCGCAUGGCUAUGUCGGCAGCUGCAGUCAAUGAUGUUGUUGCCUGGAUUCUUCUCGCACUCGCUAUAGCACUCUCUGGCAAUACUUCUCCACUUAUAUCCGUAUGGGUCUUAGUCUGUGGUCUUGCAUUUGUGGCCUUUGCCAUUUUUGUGAUUAGACCGGGAUUGACAUUCAUGGCUCGACGCUCCCCUGAGGGUGAACCGGUGAAAGAGCUAUACAUAUGCAUCACAUUGUCUCUUGUGUUGGCUGCGGGUUUUAUCACUGAUACUAUUGGAAUCCAUGCACUUUUUGGCGCUUUCGUUGUCGGUUUAAUAGUUCCCAAAGAAGGUCCCUUCGCCGGAAUUUUGAUAGAGAAGAUCGAGGAUCUCGUGUCUGGCAUUUUUCUCCCCCUCUACUUCGUAUCAAGUGGGCUAAAGACCAACGUUGCCACCAUAAGUGGAGCUCUGUCUUGGGCCUUGCUUGUUCUUGUUAUAUUUAAUGCUUGUUUUGGGAAGAUUGUAGGGACAAUGGUGGUAUCUUUAUUACUUAAGAUGCAAUUCAGAGAGGCCUUGACACUUGGAUUCCUCAUGAACACUAAAGGGUUGGUUGAGUUAAUUGUCCUCAACAUUGGCAAGGACAGAAAGGUAUUGAACGACCAGGCUUUUGCUAUCUUAGUUCUGAUGGCAUUAUUUACCACUUUCAUUACCACCCCAAUUGUGAUGGCCAUAUAUAAGCCGGCUAGAAAAGCAGCACCCUACAAGCACCGAACAGUUAAACGGAAAGACCUUGGCACAGAGCUUCGGAUAUUGGCCUGCUUCCACAGCACCCGAAACAUCCCCACUAUGAUAAAUCUCAUUGAAUCUUCCCGCGGUACUCGACACCGAGGACGCCUCUGUGUAUAUGCCAUGCACCUGAUGGAGCUAUCAGAAAGAUCUUCAGCCAUCUCAAUGGUCCAUAAAGCACGUAAGAAUGGUCUUCCCUUUUGGAACAAGAAACGCGAUGAUAAUGAUCAAAUGGUCAUUGCAUUCGAGGCCUAUCAACAGCUUAGCAGCGUUAUUGUGCGCCCGAUGACUGCAAUAUCUGCUCUACACACUAUUCAUGAAGACAUUUGCACAAGUGCACAACAAAAGCGUGUUGCCAUGAUUGUACUCCCCUUCCACAAGCACCAGCGGAUGAAUGGGGUGAUGGAGUCACUUGGACACGAGAUCCAUGUGGUGAACCAGCAAGUCCUUCGUCAUGCGCCUUGCUCGGUAGGAAUUCUUAUCGAUAGGGGUCUCGGUGGCACCGCUCAAGUCUUCGCUAGCGAUGUGUCAUACACUAUGGUGGUGCCUUUUUUUGGCGGACGAGAUGAUCGUGAGGCGCUAGCGUAUGGGCUUAGGAUGGCUGAGCACCCGGGGAUCGUGCUUACGGUCAUAAAGUUCGUGGCCCCACCGGGUAAGUCAUUAAUGAUGAUCAUGACCGAGAGUGGAGGUGGAGGUGUAGGUGCAGGUGCUGGUACUGAUACUGGUGCUAUCGUGGUUGAAAUGAAAGACGUUGGGAAUGGUGACGACGAUGACAAUGACGAGGCAUUCAUGACUAAGUGCGUGACUCAAACUCAGAAGAAUGAUCAAUCAACAGCAAUAUCAUUUGAGGAAAAAGUUGUAGGAAGUAAGGCGGAUAUUAUUGCAGCUUUGAAGUCAAUGAGUAAGUCCAAUCUCUUCCUAGUCGGUAGGAUGCCUCCAAUUGUGCCACUAAUAGACAAAAGUGAUUGCCCAGAACUGGGGCCAGUUGGGAGCUUUUUAGCAUCCUCUGACUUCUCCACCACUGCAUCAAUAUUAGUAGUUCAACAAUAUGAUCCCACUGCCAACUUGCACUCUUUUGUAGAGGAAGAAGAUAUGCUUGAGGAGCCUGAUACACCAGUGUGA